CGAAUUACUUUUUCGGUGCUAUUGCUGGUGCAUGGGUCAUUGCUCCACUUUUAUAUUAUAACAAUGUCUUUGAAGCACAGAAAUUUCCAUUCGUGGCUAGAUAUUCUUUGGAUAAAUAUGGACAAAGAUAUAAUCAAACGGCAAUCAUCGACAAUACCGGAUCUUUAAACAUCACGGCUUAUGAGAAUUAUAGUCCAGUAUAUUUAUCAGUUACCUUUGCCUUUUCUUAUCUAUAUUCCUUCAUUUUGAUUACUUCAACCAUCAGUCACGUAUUCUUGUUUUAUGGCAAAGAAAUUUGGGAAAGGUUCAAAGCUAAAAUUCCAAACACGUGGUAUUUUCUAAUCUUUGUCGUUAUGUUAUUAAUUGCCAUCACCCUUGGAUAUACAACGGAGGCGAAUUUACCGUGGUGGGGGCUGCUUUUAGCUGUUGGGUUAGCAGCAAUCUUUGUGCUUCCAAUCGGUGUAAUUCAAGCGAUCUCUUUUAAUCAAGUUGGAUUGAAUGUGAUAUCUGAAAUGAUUUGUGGUUAUAUCCUUCCUGGCCGUCCUAUAGCCAAUGUUUACUUUAAAUGUUAUGGUUUCAUGACAAUGAGUCAAUGUCUUCUCCUUGUUUCCGAUCUCAAACUUGGUCAUUAUAUGAAAAUUCCUCCACGUUCUAUGUUUGUUUCUCAAAUAUAUGGUACAGUCAUUGGAGGCAUCAUAAAUUUUUGGGUUUUAAAACUUAUCCUUAUAUCAAAACGACCAUAUCUUGACGGAACAAUGGAUGAUCCAACCGGACAAUGGACAGGAUUUAGAUCACAAGUUUUUAAUACGGCAUCAAUAGUAUGGGGUUUGAUUGGACCGGCAAGAACGUUUGGCUCUGAUUCCAUAUAUAACCCACUUUUAUGGGGAUUUUUAAUUGGGUUCAUUGCACCAGUUCCGUUUUAUUUAGUACAUCGAAAAUUCCCAAACCUUAGGCUGGAUUUAGUAAAUAUACCAUUAAUUUGUACUGGACUGCAAUUACUUCCUGAAAAUUAUACAAACUUUAUCAUUAUGGGAAUUUUUGUAAGUUUUAUGAGUCAGUUCUAUGCCUAUAGACACAACCAUCGAUAUAAUUAUGUACUCUCUGCUGCAUUUGAUAGCGCAGCACAAAUUGUAACGAUGAUUAUUUUCUUUUGUCUUAAUGGUGUUAUUUUGGCUCCGUUUCCGGAAUGGUGGGGGAACGAUCAUGCAACUCAAGAUGGGAUAGAUCGAAAUUUCGAAUCGAUAUAA